AUGAGUGAUUCCGACGAGGAGCCCAUAGUUCUAUCUGCACACGCGUUAUCUGCUUUGCAAGAAUUUAGGAACGAAGAGAAGGAGCGGCUUGAAAAAUUUCAGUCUUUAGUAGAAGCUAGCCAAGGUCAAUUCGAUGAGCAAAAACAAGAUUUGAUUACAAUUGAUGAUUUCAAAGAGGACUGGCAACUUUCGCAAUUUUGGUAUUCGGAUGAAACAGCAAAAACUUUAGCUAGGGCAUUGUUGCUGGGCGCCGAUAAAGAUACUGUUGUGGUGAUUGCCUCUGCACCUUCGGUAUUUGCGGCAAUAAAACAAUUGUCUUUAGACGAAAUACCAACUAAACAUAUUUACUUAUUGGAGUUUGACCCCAGGUUCAAGAUUCUUGCAGGAAAAGAACAUUUUAGCGUAUAUGAUUAUAAAAAACCAGAAAAUCUACCUUGUCACCUCAGGCAUAAAUGUCAUAGACUUCUCAUUGACCCUCCCUUCUUGGAAGAAGAAUGCCAAACAUUAAGCGCAAAAGCAGCCCAGAACCUUCUUGUUUCAGGAGCUGCAAGAUUGGAAAAAACAAUAUCUGGCGAUUCUAAAUUCAAGUUGAUUUCCUCAACUGGAGAGCGAAUGAGGGAUAUUGUGCCAAAAUUAUACCCUGGUUUGAAAAUGACAACUUUUCUACCUGAACAUAAAAAUGGCCUAAGUAACGAAUUCAGGUGCUAUGCAAAUUUCGAAUGUCCAUUUUGGAAUUUUGCACAGAAGGAGAGUUGA